AUGAAGGUGGCUUGGAAUAGACUUAUCCGGUUUGUCUCGACCGACGGCCGUACCCUGUAUGGAGAGCCUAUUUUACCCUCAGAGGAUUUUGAUCUCGGAAACACUACAGAACACACCAAGCUACAAGCCAAGGUGAUACAAGGCGACGACCUCUACGAUGUUACGGGAAAGACUGCCGUCACCGAUGAGAUAGUGACCGUCCAAGAACUACUUGGCCCAUUGGCCCAGUCAGACGUGGAUAUUCUUCGUUGCGUUGGUUUAAAUUACGCCAAGCAUAGAAACUGGGAGGACUCCCCGCCUUUCCCUUUUAUCUUUUUCAAGCCCACCACUACCAUUCACGACCAUGGAAAGGAUGUGGUGAUCCCAAAGAUCGCGCAGGAUGAUCAGGCCGAUUACGAAGGCGAGCUGUGCCUAGUAAUCGGAAGAGACGCUAAAGAUGUCUCUACAGAGGACGCGUUAGAUUAUGUCGCCGCCUAUACUUGCGGAAAUGACAUAUCAACAAGGAAGCUUCAAAGACAUCCAACGCUAGCUGGAGGGGUGCCUCAAUGGGGAUUCUCAAAGGGAUUCGAUACGUUUGCACCCUUGGGACCUUGUCUCGUCCGAUCUGACCUCAUCGGAGACCCCAAGAAAUUGCUGUUAAAGACUAUUGUGGACGGUGAGGUUAGGCAAGAGGAGCUUGUCCAGGAUCUGCUUUUCGACUGCGCAUAUCUGAUUUCCUACCUGUCGACCGGAACCACUCUCCGAAAGGGGUCAAUUAUAAUGACGGGCACACCCGGAGGCGUCGGGGAUAAAUUGAGCCCUCCGCGUAAACAUUUGAACAGCACGGACUGA